AUGAGCAAAGCCACCUGUUCAACAAGUGGGUGUUUGGAUAUUCUGAAUGUUAAAUCAAGUCGUAUCUUGGAUAUCCCGUGUAAAGUGUGUGGGGACCGGAGCUCUGGGAAACACUAUGGCGUGUAUGCGUGUGACGGCUGCUCUGGCUUCUUCAAGAGGAGCAUCCGCAGAAACAGAACAUACGUCUGUAAAUCAGGCUGUCAGGGAGGAUGCCCCGUGGACAAAACGCACAGAAACCAAUGCCGAGCGUGCCGCUUGAUAAAGUGUCUCGAAGUGAACAUGAAUAAAGAUGCCGUUCAGCACGAGAGGGGUCCCAGGACGUCCACCAUACACAAGCAGGUCGCCCUAUAUUUCCGGGGGAACAAAGAGGUGAACGGUUCAUCGACCCACUUCCCGGGUUCGAGCCUACCGGGGCCGCCAUUGUUCACUACGGUCACACAACUGGAGCCACCUAACUUGGAGAUGAGCACAGUAGCCUGCACGCCGGAGAGGCAGGCCAUCGUGGGACUGGCCCAGCCCACCCCGAAGUACCCUCACGAGGUCGGCGGCACGCCCAUGUAUCUCUAUGAGGUUGCUACUGAGUCGGUGUGUGAGUCAGCCGCGCGCCUGCUGUUCAUGAGCAUCAAGUGGGCCAAGAGCGUGCCCGCCUUCUCCACGCUCCCCUUACCUGACCAGCUGAUCCUCCUGGAGGAAGCCUGGAGAGAACUGUUUGUUCUGGGCAUAGCGCAGUGGGCCAUUCCGGUGGACUCCAACACCCUGCUCGCUGUUUCCGGUAUGAAUACAGACAACACAGAGUCCCAGUGGAUGAAUAAAAUAAUCUCCGAAAUACAAACCCUGCAAGAGGUCGUUACCUGGUUCAGACAGCUGCGCCUGGACGCAACUGAGUUCGCCUGUUUGAAGUGCAUCGUCACGUUUAAAGCUGCAGUGCCAACGCAUGACGGGUCGGAGUUGAGGAGUUUCCGCAACGCCAGUGCCAUUGCUGCACUCCAGGAUGAGGCACAGCUCACCCUAAACAGUUACAUACACACCAGAUAUCCAACUCAGCCCUGCCGCUUUGGGAAGCUGCUCCUACUUCUACCAGCUCUGCGGUCAGUCAGCCCAUCCACCAUAGAAGAAGUAUUUUUCAAGAAGACCAUCGGGAACGUGCCCAUCACAAGGCUCCUCUCUGACAUGUACAAAUCAAGCGACAUAUGAGUUUAUUUCCGCCAUAUCAACAUUACGCUCACUAGCCAAGAGUGUCUGUUAAGGCUCAUAGACACAAACAUUCUAAUGAGCACGUGACAAAUUGAACUUGAAGAACAUAAAAACUUUGAUUUUACAAAUCUUUGGGUUAGGCUUACGUUUUGAGGAUGUAUACUGAACAGAAAUAUAAACAGAACAUGUAAAGCAUUGGUCCCAUGUUUCAUGAGCUGAAAUAAAAGACCCCAGA